AUGCAGGAGAACGACUCUUCCCCAUCGUCGAAGAACGGCGCAGCAUCGUCUUCAACAUCGCAGUCUGUCUCUAAGGAACAAAGAAUGGACACCUUCAGCGUCCACGCAAUUCUUUCACGAGCCGGAAAUGCCCUUCAGCAGGCUGACGCUGAACUGGAUAUAAAGCUGCCGAUUCCUCUACCCAAGCUUCCACAGCUCCUUGCAGCUGUCCAGCCAACACUGCUCUCUAGCAAGAUAGCUCCAAAUAUCGACGUGUCGGUUAGCCAUAAGCUGUCUGCUGAGGGUCGUGCCAAACUACGCCAGCUUGCCAAUGAAAUGAGGGUUCUAUGUUUCCAAGAGUCAAAUGCUAUCCCACCCCGAACACUUCCCAUUUACACUUCCGAAGCCCUUGCGGACACAGCUGUUCCUAAACCUUUGACUCCAGAGAAACGCGAAAAAGUUAAGGCCAUGUUCCAUGACCUCCUUACCAGCAAGAAAGACAUUCCCGACCCCUAUUUGAGCAUUCCCGUCUCUCUGGAGGACCAAUUCGUGCCCUCAGUUAAGGGCAAUGUUGAAAUUUCGGCCGUGGAUGACGACGGACAGAUGCCUACAAAGCAUCUCAAUGGAAUGGACUGCCUGUGGGACACAGGAUCCCAACAUACGAUCGUCUCAGAAGACAUUCUGGGCCGCGACUUUGGCGACUUUCUGCACAACAAUGAAAUCAAUAAACCCUACAUACAUACCAUGGAGAGGGUGGGCGGGAUAUUGACGAAGGUGCAAGUCUCGGCUCUUAUCAAGAUAUCGAACGGAUCAUUCCAGUUCGAUACUAUCGCCCUGGUCGUACCGCUUCGAGCGAUCCCGAACCAACGGUCGGGGAUCAUCAUCGGCCAAAAGGGGGUCAUAGAACGCAUCCAGUAUGUGUCCAUUCCGCGCAGUAUCAUGAAAGCUGAAGGGGCGGACCCGGGCGAGGGCUAUUGGGGCACUUUCAAUGUCGACAAGUAUCUGGACGUUUGCGACGAAAUGAUCCGUGUUUAA